AUGACGAUGACAGAUGCAGAAAUGGGAAAGGUGACGACGAGUCCCACGACGACGAGUUCCACGACGACGACGAGUUCCACGACUACGACGAAGAUGAUAACAGAUAUGGUGACGGAAAUGACUACGCUGGUGGUGGCGACGGAGCUGGCAAUGAGUCCCACGACGGCGACGACGAUGAUCCCAGAGACUGCGGGACCAGAUGAGAUGAUGACAAUGGCGGUGACAGAGACAACAGUGAAAGCGGAUGUGACGACAACAGUGACGACUGAGAUGACCACAGAGUCGGAGGUGAUGAACCUGAUGGUGACGUCGGAUGCAGCUAUUGGAGAUGACGGAUCCUCCACCGCUCAAAAGGUUGAACCGCAGGAAGAGGUUGGACGUAACUGGUGGUUGGUGUGGUUUAUGGCGGGCGUAAUGGUUGGAUAA